AGUAUUCUGUUUAGUUCACGCCAUUGUGAAGUCGAAGCCUUUUCUCUCGAUUUCAACUCCCAAAAAAACCCACAAGAAGAAGAAGAAGAUCAUCGACGACCUUAAUCCGCCACCCCACCCACCCUACCUGUUCUACCCCCAAUCUAUCACCGACCCACGUUCCCUUUUCCCAAAUCAAAUCGACCCAUUUGCUCAAAUUUCAAUCUUUUUGACCCAGAUUCACACUUGUCCUUUUCUGUUGUGUUGUAUUAAUUGCAGAGGGAGUAUUGUUUGAUGAUUGUUGGUUCUGUUUUUGGGUUUAAUGCAUAUAAACAAAGGGGGGAAAUCAAUGGACGUAAAUUCCGUUGUGUUCAUGAGGUGUUUGUAGCAUGCACUGAUUGAGUUACGUGGGGUUUGAAGGUAUAAAGAGGGCUGAAUUGGAUUUCAUUCAAACUCGACUGUUGGAAAGUGGAAAUGCCGAAUCAAGUGGUGAAAGUGAAGAGGGAGAAAAUUGCGGCAUGCAUUACAUGCCCUCUUUGUCAUAAGCUAUUCAGAGAUGCUACUACUAUUUCUGAAUGUCUUCAUACGUUUUGCAGGAAAUGCAUCUAUAAGAAACUCUCUGAUGAAGAAACUGAAUGCUGUCCAAUAUGCAAUAUUGACUUGGGAUGUGUCCCAUUAGAGAAAUUGAGGCCAGAUCAUAAUCUGCAAGAUAUUAGAGCAAAGAUAUUCCCUUACAAGAGGCAAAAGGUGCAGGCACCUGAAGUUGUGCCUUCAGUUACCCCUCCAAUCAGGAGAAAAGAGAGAUCAUUAUCAUCACUAGUGGUCAGUACUCCAAGAGUAUCAACACAGACUGGAACAACAGGAAGGAGAUCGAAAUCAGUGGCAAGAAAAGCAUUACGAGGCUCCACAUUUUCUGUUGAGAAACCUGUCAGAAAAGAGGGAAGUUCUGGAGAAGAUCAGCUGGAUAGCGCUAGUUCACCUGAGACUUUGAACAAGUUCACUCAGAACAUUAGGCAGAACUCUUCCAGUGCUGAGCUAUUUGGCCAACCCACACCUGAUAACGAAACAGAGAAUGGCAUGGAUCUGUGGGAAGGUCAAGUUGAUUUGUGGAAACCUUUGAACUGUUUGGUGGAAGCAGCAAACCGGAGCAAGUCUGCGAAGUUUACUUCCCCAGGUUCUACUGCCAAAUCUGAAUAUCUGCAUUCCCUUGACAAUGAGGCUCAUGUCCGUAAAAAUAAAGUGAAAAAACAUGGACUGGAAACCAAAGUCCAGGAUAACAAGAAUAACAGUGGACCUGCUCAUUUGGGGUCAGAUAAACCUAAAAAGAUGCGGAGAAAUAGCCAAAAGAAGGCAUCAGAAUCUGGUGGAUUUAGUAUUUCACCACAAACUGUGCUGGAUGCAAUCGCUACCAAAUGUGAAAGGAGGAAUAAUCCAAUUUGGUUCUCGUUAGUGGCCUCUGAAGAUCGGGAGGGCGAUGCACCAUUGCCCCAGAUUUCUGCAGGUUACUUGAGAAUAAAGAAUGGCAAUGUUCCUGUUUCUUACAUCCAAAAGUAUCUGAUGAAGAAGUUAGAUCUUAUCAGUGAAGAUGAGGUGUGAUUUUGGUCUAGUUGGUUUUGGUCCUUUUGGAAGUAGGGAGUAACAUGUCUUACGUGAUGUCCAAAGGGAAUAUGUGGCAUCUGCGAGUAAGUUAUUUUUCAGAUAUACUGUUUAUUUUCUUUCGAAUUCAGAAGCGAAAAAAGCUGUAAAGAAGUGUAGAAGUUGGCGAAAAACAGCAUUUUGUGUUACACCAUACAUAACAAAAUUAGUAAUCCGUGUUAGUUUUAAUAUUGGAAGAAGGUAGCGGUUUCAAGCGAUUUAUACAAAUGGAAGCUGGACUAUAUCAAGUCGUUAAUGAGUUUGUACUAGAAAAGAUCUGCACAGCUUUAAUUAGUUUUGGUUCUAGGGUCUAUCAGUGACUGGGUUUUUCUAAAGGUUUAUUGUAUUUCAGAACAAGUGAACAUGAAGUCAAGCAGGUGAGUUUCAGGGUGUUGUGUUUUUAUGAUGUGGGUGUUAUCCUGGGAAGCAUCUGUAAGUGACAACUGUGACUGAUACCAUUUGUCUUUCUUGGAAGUAAACUAACUGUUUCACCUUGUAUCCUUCAAAGGAGGGAAAGUGAGAUUGUUGCACCCAAGGGUGUGGACUGGUUGUCAAUGAAGUGGGUGAUUUCUUCCCAUCUGCCUAAGCUUUAGUGGGCAGAAUUACCUGGUAUCUGUGCUGGUGGGAGGUAACAGGUACUCGGUGGAAUAGUCGAGGCAGACACUGCCAACAUCUAAAAAUGAAAGAAAGAAGAGAGACUGUUAUCCUCGAGUAAUUCCAAUGUAAAAAACAUAUCAUGAUGGUUC